AGACAAUCGCAUUCCAAUACAUGAACGACGAACCAACUCCGACAGAAGGCACUCAAGGAUGUCACCCUAUUCUUCUGAAGACGAUCUUCCCAGUCUCGGGUCUAUUAUCGCACCCAGACCCUUAAUGGCCACAAGCACGAAUGGCUCGGUUCGAAGAUCACCACGAAAGAAGACUGCGCCUGCAAAGGUUGGGCCAUGCUCACCGCAGAAGAAACAAAGAGGAGUUCCCAGUCCCGUAAAGCCCAUACCGGCCAGACCAUCAGUCAAAAGUCAAUCACCAAGGAAUGGAAUUAGACCCUCCAAAGCUCAUUCCAUUACAAAUGCCAUCCCUUCCCUACCUCGAGGCUCGUCCACGACCGAGACACUCACCACGUCAAGCAACCGCCGAUCCACUGCCAGCCCUCAGCGUAGCCUCAAGUUGACGCAUGUUGAAAAUUCAUUACUUUUGCCGUUAAAGGUCAUGGCAAUGGAGGAACAUGAUCCCAAGACGACGGUCUCAAGACUAGGGGCCAAUAUGGGCAUUUCUCAUAAUCAGCACAAGGGCUCAAAAUCAAUUAUGUCUCUCAUGACAGAGGCAGCCAGGCAGGCGAAUUAUCAGUAUCCUCAAAAGAAGAAACAAGAGUCCAAUUAUGCCAGCAGAUUCGUGUUGGGCGAAGCACGAUGCAAUGACGACGAUGAGAGCUCCAUGGAUGAGGAAAACGAAGAUGAAGACACUGAUCUGAGCGGAUUUAUUGUCGAUGAUGAUGCAGAACUGAGUUAUCAUGACAGUUCAGCCUCAGAGUCAGACGUGGAUGACCGGAGGAUACCAGCAAGACGCAUGCCUCAAACAGCACCUCGCAGAAGGCUUCAACAAGGCUCACGAAAGCAAAAGCGCGUCGACUCCGGGGACGAGGAAAACAAACCGGCACGUGGGCUUAUUGAUUCUCUACAGAGUAUGCGGCUGGACGAAGGCGCAGAUGAAGCGAAAGAUGGCGAAAUCGAAGUGAUCGACUUGACUGCCUCACCUGUCGCUUUACCCAGACCUGACCUAAACAUGGGGCACACUGUUAAUUCAGGUCGAAUUCCACACGUCAAGACAUCCUCGGACCUCGUCAAACCACUCGAUGCCUUCGAAGCCCCGGUUAAACUGGCUCUUCCGACGACCAAACCUGGCCUCAUCGUCCCUUCAAAAAGCAUGGUGCCUGCUUCAGAAUCCAGCAUGCCAGGCAAUGAUGAAGGUCAGUACACGUCCACUGGGGCGGCUGAAGAUGGGUUCAAAACGCCGCCUGCAACUCCUCCACCUCAAUCACCAUCUAAACUGAAGUCCCCGUCAAAGCUACUGUCGCCAUCAAAGCCACAUUACGUUCCCCGCUCACCUCACCGGCAAAGCAUGGACGCGUUCUGGGAUCAUAACGUGAUCAAUGAGUGGAACGACGAAUACUCACCCAAAAAAGCACCGGCGACGUCUCCGAGAAAGAAAGGUCUCGCUAGGUUCCAAAUCUGGUCGGACUCCGAACAAGAUGAAGAUCAGGACAUGGAAAGCUCAGACUCACUUCCCAGUCCCUCCAUUUCUCCUCGCAAGUCACGAGCGCAAAGCCAAUCUCCAAUGAAGAGUCCGGAGAAGGAAGAAAAGAGGCGUCUGGCCGAGGAAAAGCGUCUCGCUCUAGCACGGAAGAAGGACUUUGACAGUCGCAAAAAGCAAUUUGCCAUCGACUUAAUGCGAGAGCUCGAUGUCAAUGUGGCUGACUCACAACUUGAAAGACUGGCGUGCAGUACGGGAGGUGUGCGAAUCAUAUGGUCGAAAACUCUUCGAUCAACAGCCGGUCGAGCAAAUUGGAAGAGAACAGUGACGAAAUUGUCCGGGUCACCCGUCAAGGGAGGAGAAGUGAGCGGUCCAGGAGUCAAGGUUGAACACUCUGCCAGCAUCGAACUUGCCGAGAAGAUCGUGGACUGUGAGGAUCGGCUCGUCAACACAGUUGCCCAUGAGUUCUGUCACUUGACGAAUUUCAUGAUCAGCAACGUGCGGGACCAACCUCAUGGUGCAUCGUUCAAACAGUGGGCGGGGAGAGUGACUUCUCACCUGCGCAAGAGCAACGUCGACAUGUGGCGCCGAGUCGAGGUCACGACGAAGCACAGCUACGUGAUCAAUCACAAAUACUUGUGGGUCUGUGUUGGCCGGGAAAAGACAUCAGCUAUGGCUUUCCUGAACAUCGAAGAAGACGAAGGCUGCGGUGCAGAGUACGGACGGCAUAGCAAAAGUAUUGACCCGGAGAAACAUCGCUGUGGGAAAUGCAAAGGGCGACUGGUCCAGGUCAGGCCAAAGCCUCGAAGCAGUCCAAAGAAACCCUCGCGGAGCCCCGUGAAGAGAGAAGACAGUGCUGAGAGUGUUGGCUCGAGUUCGAGUGCUGGGAGUGACAGUACUAGCACGUUGGGAAAAUUGAUUGAGGUUGUUGAGUUAAGCGAUUGAAGGUGAUUCACAGCCACCGUGUACAACAUAUGAAAACGGAGAGAGAGCAACUUGCAUGUAAUCGAGAAUUGGGAACAGACCAUGCAUUGUAUACUAGGUCAGGAAAAUUGGCGUUGGGAAAAGAGUGCAUUCUAUGUCACAAUCAGGAUGACUGCUGCUUAUUACAGGUUGGGUUGGAUAUCGAGAACAAAUGAUCAUGCUCGCAUUG